AUGACCGUCAAGAAGGGAAGGAGGCCGAAGGAGCAGUGUCGCUCCGAACAGAACAGCUCCAAACGCGAUGGCCUGUUUGUUUUCGUGAUGUGCACAGAGCAGAUGGAUGAAGACAAGCUCAUCAAGGGAAGAAGAGAGCGAAAUGCAACGCAGAGGGAGAAUUUUAGUCAGUAUCAGGUCUCAAUUUGCCCAAGAAACUGUAUCACCUUGAUAUUCUUUGUGAUAAAAUGUAAUGCUGAGCUUGGGAUCAUUAUUGUGGUGCAUGACUUCAUUUCGGCCAAGCUGGAAGUCAUGGAGGAGGCGACGGAGCCCCUCGUGCAGGUGAAUGGUAAGCCCAGCUGCUGCUUCUUCAAGUUUAGCCCCAAACUGAUGUUCACCAAGGUUUUGAAGGCCCAGCUGUGGGUGUACCUGCGACCGCUGCAGCAGACCUCCACAGUCUACCUGCAGAUCCUACGACUGAAGCCUGUCACGGAGCAAGGCAGCCGCCACAUCCGCAUCCGCUCCCUCAAGAUAGAGCUCAACUCGAGGGUUGGCCACUGGCAAAGUAUUGACUUCAAGCAUGUGUUGCAGAACUGGUUCAAGCAGCCCCACACCAACUGGGGAAUUGACAUCAGCGCCUUUGAUGAGAGCGGCAAUGACCUGGCAGUUACCUCGGUGCGACCCGGGGAGGAGGGGCUGCAGCCGUUCCUGGAAGUGAAGGUUCUUGAGACAACCAAACGCUCUCGGAGAAACCUUGGUUUAGACUGUGAUGAGCAUUCCACUGAGUCUCGCUGCUGCCGCUACCCUCUCACUGUGGACUUUGAGGCAUUUGGUUGGGACUGGAUCAUUGCCCCCAAACGCUACAAAGCUAAUUACUGCUCUGGCCAGUGCGAAUACAUGUUCAUGCAAAAAUAUCCACACACCCACCUGGUGCAGCAUGCCAACCCUCGAGGCUCUGCAGGGCCCUGCUGUACUCCAACCAAGAUGUCCCCUAUUAACAUGCUUUAUUUCAAUGACAAGCAGCAGAUUAUUCACGGAAAGAUCCCUGGAAUGGUGGUGGAUCGAUGUGGUUGCUCUUAAGCUGUGGGAGAAGACAUAGAUAAGCCCUCAUCAAACCACCCAAAACCCUUACAGAGCUCUCCCCAGGCACCAGAACUCACUCCCUGGCACCAGAUUUCAGCUUUUCACUGGGUUUCCAUUUUGCCAGUAAUUACAUUGAUUCUUACAGUACAAAAAGUUAUGAAUGAAACAUGAAUCAAAAAAAGAACUGAAUGUUGGAAAUACAGUACAUUAUGAAUGAUUUGAAGAGUGUGCUCAUACGGAGUAGCUUCAGAAAAUGGUAAGUGAGUAUGCAUUGGUUUCAUGAAGCUUUUUGUUUUUUUGGCAUCUUUGUGAAUUUUCAAGUUUAGUGAAAUGAGGUGACAGGAAAUAUUGGCAUAUUUCAUUAAGCAUUGUCAGUCUUUUAAUGAGUUUGGGUUACUUAAAUUCACAGAUGCAUUUACUUACGGGUGAAAUUUGAUUCACUUAAAUGUUUGCAAUGGGUUAUCAGAAUUAUUUGCAAUCCAUCACUUUCAGAAAAGUUCUGAAACCAUGAAACACACUAAUGUACAAGGGUUUUGUUUGUUGAGAUACUGUGAGAUACUGGUAGGAUAAAUCCAAAAUGUUGUUUACAGAUGUUUAGAGAUGGAAAGUGUUGAGGAGAUCCAAAACCAAACCAAUACCGUCUUUUAAUGUAUAACACCCCAGUGUGACAUUCUUGAGUAUCUUUGAAACCUCUUUGAUCUUUUUAUUUGUAGUCUUGUAAAACUUAAAAAAGGAAAAAGAAGAGGCUUUACUGGUUUGACUUUAUCCUUCAAUUAUAAAGUUGGCGUACCUGUUUUGGCAUUCUGCUAAAUAGAAGAUUCAAUUUUAGUUCAACAACUGUUAAAGUCUAAAGUCAAAUUCUAGUUGAGAUGCAAAUUCAACUCACUAUAUCGAUGAGGAUAGUAAAAUCUGGCAAAUCCUACAGGAUAAGAAGAAUUUGACUUGGUUUGUUUCCUUUUUAAAUCCACACAUCCAGCAAAAUAACAUAAGUUCUACGAUUGCAGUAAAGGUUUAAAAUGAGAUGUAAAUGCACUGCAUUUCAGAACUCAAAGGGGCUCAAGACUAGUAAAAACAAAGAAAAAACAUUAUCUCUACCCUAAAAUAACCACACGCAAGGGCGUCCUUAUGCUCACACACUGACGAAAUGAAAGUAGCACAAAUCAUGGUUAUCUCUAGAGGUUUACAUAUUUCUGUUGUUGAAAAAAGAAAAAGAAAAACAUAAUUUAAAAUAUAGCAGCAUCUACAGUACUUCUGUCAAGCCAGUUCACUCACUUUUACUCAACGGUAGUUUCAGAAAUUAGAAAAGAAAAUACAAAAGAACAAAAGGGCAGUAAUGUUCUAAAUAAUAGCUUUCAUAACUCACAACACACAACCAUGUGCAAAAAAUAAAAACGAGCAAAAAAAAAUCAAGACUAUGUAACUGACAUUAGUUUAGAGAGCAUUAUUGAUUGCAUUUCGAAAUGCCCCCAUCCACCUCAGCUUCAUCUGUAUCAUCUGUCAUAAUGGAGAAAAUAUUGUUAGUGCUUGAACACAGAGUAGAUUAGUAUGCUCGAAGCUUGUCUUUGUCUCCUGGAUGCAAAGAUAUCCUUUUGUUAUAAACGAAAGCACUAUGCUGUUGGAUAAAGUGAGAGCCUUCUGACAUUAUAUAUAAAUGAUAUAUGUAUAUAUUAAAAGGGAUACAAAACCUUUUUUGGGGCACUCUACCUUACCAACAAUAAAUUUUGCACUAUGGGAUGUUCAUGGCGUGAGGAGGUAAAGUGUUGUUUGUGUUUUACCAAGCACAAGAGAGCUUGUACAGUAUAGGAUUAAAAAGGCAAAAGUAAAAAAAGAACAAAAAAAUUCAAGCUUGUGGUGAUAAACCAUAAACUAGGGAAUUUAUCACUUUUUUUCGAUACCAUCACACUUUUCUGACUUUUCUGACUGAAGCGGGGGCCUGUCCAUACACCCGCACACUUCAAACCAGUCUGGAACCUGGACAUACUAUAACAGUGGCCUGAAAGGCCUCCAUGCCCAUUUUGGGUAAUAACUCAUAAUGUAACACAUGUAUGGAUAUAUAAACAUAGAAUGCUUUAACUGGAAAUGGCCCACCACUUCAAUCUGUUAACAUGUUCAAGAGAUGGCAUCCAUGACUUAAACAAUGUGUCGACUGUCUUGUGUAGAUGUGUCUUUGCCUUUAUGUGUAUUUUAAGUGAGAGCACCCAUGUAAGAAUGGGAGGAAUAUCCAGGGAUUGUUAGCCAAAGUAGAGGAAGACAAGCUGUAAACUUUCUGAUUGCAGGAAUAUGCUGGAACAUUUCAAAGGGAGAAAAAGGUGGCUAUGGGGAAGUGGUUGGAAAAAAAUUAAUUCCACAGGUCUGUUGUUAUUUAUUAAUUUUAAUUACAAUGCAUUUGAAAGUCUGUCUACCUCACUUAAGCCUUCUAAAAUAUUUGCUUUUAAAAAGAUGUUAGGAGUUGAUCAAUGCGAACAUUUUACUCAUAAGAGCCACCCCCUUCCAAAAAUGUAGAUGAAAACCACAGGGUCCCCUUGCUCUCAGGUUCAGAUUGAGUUAUUGACAGUAUGACUGAUGGUAGCGGCUCUGGUCAUGUGUGGUCAAAAGAAAUUAUUAGCUGUGCCCACAUCUUUGUCUACUAUGGUUUAAGCUGUUGAGAAGUUGUAUUUUGAAUUUUCGUGUUUGUAUACUGGUGUGUGUGAGAGUUUUUUCAUAUAAAUAUAUGAGAGUAAAAAUAUCAUUGUCAAUACAUACCCAAAUGUUAACCUUUAUGAUGUUUUGGACAGGUUCACCGCUUCUAACGUUUAUCUCUUUCCCUUUUCAUUCCUCUGCUCUUUGUGUAGAAAAAAAGAAAAAAAUCACCCCAACUUUGUAGUCUAAUUGUUGUGCAUUUAAAUAACUGUAUGAUUAUUUUUGCCUUUUGUUGUUUAUUUACUGUCAUUUUUCUUUUGUACAAUAAAUCAUUUAUUUAGCUUAUGGGGUUUGUGUUU